AUGGACAGCCCGGAGGUCACCUUCACGCUGGCCUACCUGGUGUUCGCCGUGUGCUUCGUGUUCACGCCCACUGAGUUCCACUCAGCCGGGCUCACGGUGCAGAACCUGCUGUCGGGCUGGCUGGGCAGCGAGGACGCCGCCUUUGUAUCCUACCACUUGCGCCGCACGUCCGCCACGCUGCUGUGCCACUCGCUGCUGCCGCUCGGGUACUACGUGGGCAUGUGCUUUGCAGCUUCAGAAAAGCAACUCUACUCCCCCAGCCAGGCCCCGGAGACCUGGCGGCUCUUCCUCCUGCUGGCAGUGACCCUGCCCACCGUUGCCUGCACCCUGAUCUACUACUGGUCCUGGGAUCGGUGGGCCUGCCACCCACUGGCCCGCACCCUGGCCCUCUAUGCCCUCCCGCAGUCAGGCUGGUGGGCCGUCGCCUCCUCCGUCAACACCGAGUUCCGGCGGAUCGACAAGUUUGCCACAGGGGCACCUGGUGCUCGCGUGAUUGUGACGGACACGUGGGUGAUGAAGGUGACCACAUACCGUGUGCACGUGGCUCAGCAGCAGGAUGUGCACCUGACCGUGACAGAAUCGCAGCAGCACGAGCUCUCACCAGACUCCAACCUGCCUGUGCAGCUCCUUACCAUCCACGUGGCCAGCACCAGCCCCGCUGUGCAGGCCUUCGACAUCCGGCUGAACUCCACGGAGUAUGGCGAGCUGUGUGAGAAACUCCGCGCGCCCAUCCGCAGUGCGGCCAACGUGGUCAUCCGUCAGAGCCUGGGCGACCUGUUCCUGGAGACAUUUGCUUCUCUGGUGGAGGUCAAUCCGACCUACUCGGUUCCCAGCAGCCAGGAGCUGGAGGCCUGCAUCGGUUGCAUGCAGACGCGUGCCAGCGUGAAGCUGGUGAAGACCUGCCAGGAGGCGGACGAGGGCGAGUGCCAGCAGUGUUACUGUCGCCCCAUGUGGUGUCUCACCUGCAUGGGCAAGUGGUUCGCCAGCCGCCAGGACCCGCAGCGCCCGGACACGUGGCUCGCUAGCCGCGUGCCCUGCCCCACCUGCCGUGCUCGCUUCUGCAUCCUGGAUGUGUGCGCCGUGCGCUGAGCCGGCCGGCUGGGCGAGGGAGUGGCCUUGG